AGCUAGGUGCCGCCGCGCGACGAGCGAGGCCGGGAACCCGAGCAUCGUGCUCCGCCCGCGCCCACCGCGGGCCGCGCGCCGUGCCGUGCCGGCUGCCCAACGGAGCCGUGGCGCGCGCGAUCUCCCUGCGCUGGGCUCGCCGCGCGCAUGGGGCCGCGCGCCGAACUGCGCUGCGACUGCUGUCUCGAUCGGAGCAAGAUGGGAAGGUCAUCCAUGGCUGGGCCGGCGAUGCUUCUGCUGCUCUGCACAGUGUGCAGACUGGCGCUCGGAAUUACUGACGGGCUGCUCCCGAACGGCAACUUCGAGCGCGGGCCGGCGCCGUCGCAGCUGCGGGGGACGCGGGUGCUGGGCUCGUCGGCGAUCCCGUCGUGGCGGACGUCGGGGUUCGUGCAGUACAUCCCGUCGGGGAAGAAGCAGGGCGACAUGCUGCUGGUGGUGCCGGAGGGCGCCCACGCCGUGCGGCUCGGCAACGAGGCGUCGAUCCGGCAGCGGCUCCGGGGCGCCGCCCGCGGCGCGCGCUACUCGCUGACGUUCAGCGCGGCGCGGACGUGCGCGCAGGCGGAGCAGCUCAACGUCUCGGCUUCCGGGCAGUCGGGCCUGCUGGCGAUGCAGACCAUGUACAGCAGCAACGGGUGGGACUCGUACGCCAGGGCCUGGGUCGCCGACGCCGCCGGCGAGGUCGAGGUCGUCAUCCACAACCCCGGCGUCACCGAGGACCCCGCCUGCGGCCCGCUCAUCGACUCCGUCGCCAUCAAGACGCUCAACCCGCCGCGCCGCACCAACAGGAACCUGGUGAAGAACGGCGACUUCGAGGAGGGCCCGUACAUCAUCCCGGGGACCAAGUGGGGCGUGCUGAUCCCGUCGCGGGUGGUGGACGACCACUCGCCGCUGCCCGGGUGGAUGGUGGAGUCGCUCAAGGCCGUCAGGUACGUCGACGGCGGCAGCGCCGCGGUGCCGCGGGGGCGGCGCGCCGUGGAGCUGCUGGCGGGGACGGAGAGCGCGGUGGCGCAGGUGAUCCGCACCGUGCCGGGGCGGCGGUACGCACUGUCCUUCACGGUGGGGGACGCCGGCAACGCCUGCCGCGGGCAGCUAGCGGUGGAGGCCCACGCGGGGCGGGAGUCCGCCAGGGUGGCGUACGAGUCGGCGGGGAGCGGCGGCGCCAGGCGCGCCGUGCUGCCGUUCCGCGCCGCCUCCGCGCGCACGCUCCUCGUCUUCUUCAGCUCCUUCUACAGCACCAGGAGCGACGACAUGAGAUUCAGCUAUGCUUCAAAUCUGUAUAACUCACUAAAGAAUGAAUCCGUUUAUAUUUUUUUUUGGAAGUUUGCAGUCUGAGUUCAUCUUUUUUAUUCAAUAUACAAUG